UAAAGAAUAACUUUUUUUAUAUAUUUCGUUUAUGUGAAUUUAUAUCAAUAAAUUGAUCGUGUUAUCAUGGCUAUGGGAAAAGCUUUUCGUAUUUAUGAAAAAUCGAGGCCACCUAAUCCACAUUCGCUUAUUUUGGAACAUCGAAACCAGAGUCAAACACUUCUUUUUGAAUCGCAAAUCGUAGCUGUUUUGACAACAUAUGAAACAAAUUCCUUGAAACUUCAAUAUACAAAAUUAUUAGAAGCAUAUGGAUGUCUUGGAGUGCUACCAAUCAGUUCGGGUGAAAAUACCUUUUUCUAUUUAGUUAUGAUAACAGGAUGUUUUUCAGUUGGAAAAAUUUAUGAUUCUGAAAUAUUUAGAAUUACUCAAACUAAUUUCAUUCCAUUACAUUAUACUCAAACUAAUAAUGAAGAUCGUAUUGCUGAAGUAAGAAAAGUAUUGAAUUCAGGUACAUUUUAUUUUGCAUGGUCAGCAGGAUCACAUGUUCUUGAUAUAACUCUAAAUGCUCAAAAAAGAUAUGAAACAUAUAAUACAGAUAAACAAUUUUUUUGGAAUCGAGUAUUACACGUACAUUUAUUAAAAUUCGGCGUGAGUACAGAUCAUUGGUUAUUGAAGGUAAUGUGUGGCAGUAUAGAAAUGAGAACUGUGUAUGGAGGGCAUAAACAGGCCCGAGCUGUUCUAAUUUCUAGAUUAAGCUGUGAAAGAGCUGGAACAAGAUUCAAUGUACGGGGCACAAAUGAUGAUGGUCAUGUUGCUAAUUUUGUCGAAACUGAGCAAAUAAUUUACAUAGAUAAUGAAGUAUCUUCCUAUGUACAGAUUCGUGGGUCUGUACCACUUUUUUGGGAACAGCCAGGUAUUCAAGUUGGCUCGCAUAAAAUAAAAAUUUCAAGAGGUUUCGAGGUUUCAGCCCCUGCUUUUGAUAAACAUUUUGUACUAUUGAAGAAACGUUACGGACAACAAUUAAUUUUAAACUUGUUAAGUUCGAGCUUAACAGGCAACAAGGAAGGUGAAACAAUGUUAAGUGAACUUUUCCAGUGCCACCAAAAUAAUUCACAGCAUUCUGAUAUUCCUCAUAUUGCUUUUGACUAUCAUCAAGAAUGCCGCAACGGAAAUUUAAAAAAUAUAUCUAAAUUAAAAGAUAAGAUAUUAGUGUUUCUUGAAAAAUUUAAUUUAUUUUAUUCUGAAGGUGAAAAAAUUAUACACACUCAACAAGGAAUUAUUCGUUCUAAUUGUCUAGAUUGCUUAGACAGAACUAAUUGUGUACAAACUUUUAUUGCCUUAGAAAUCCUUAAAAAACAAUUAUUUUUACUAAAAUUAAGUAAUAAGCAACAAAUUUUAUCUAGAUUUAAUGAAGUUUUUCGACAAAUGUGGAUUAAUAAUGGAAAUGAAAUUAGUAAAAUUUAUGCUGGCACUGGUGCAAUUCAAGGAAAUUCGAAAUUAAUUGAUGGUGCACGAUCUGCAGCCAGAACUAUUCAAAAUAAUCUUCUAGAUUCGAAUAAACAAGAAGCUAUUGAUAUAUUGCUUGGUUCACCAUUAAAUCUCGAUCUUUCUGAUAGAGCUCGAAUACUUUUGUCAACAAAUAUGCUACUUGCUCACUCAAAAUUACUGCAUGAAAUGUGCAAAAGAUAUAAAGAAUAUAUUGAGAUAAAAAAAUUAAGAGUUAGUAUUGCUACAUACAACGUAAACGGAGGGAAACAUUUCCGAAGCGUUGCUUACAAAGACAUAGCGCUGUCUGAUUGGUUACUGGACGCUUCUCAGAAAUCGAUGAAGAAGUCCGAGGAAUAUCCUAUCGAUUUAUUUGUAAUUGGUUUUGAAGAAAUCGUAGAUUUGAAUGCUACUAACAUAAUGGCAGCUAGUAAUGAAAAUGCUAGAGCUUGGGCAGAUGAGCUUCAGAAAGUUUUAUCUAGAGAUCAUAAAUAUGUCCUUGUAACAUAUCAACAGUUGGUUGGUGUUUGUUUAUAUAUUUUUAUAAGACCAACAUAUACUAACUUCUUAAGAGAUGUUGCAGUCGAUUAUGUAAAGACUGGGCUUGGAGGUACUACAGGCAAUAAGGGUGCAGUUGCUAUUCGUUUUGUAUUAUUUUCAACGUCAUUUUGUUGUAUUUGUGCACACUUUACUGCUGGUCAGUCACAAGUGAAUGAAAGAAAUGCAGAUUAUGCAGAAAUUACUAGAAAAAUUGUCUUUCCACAAGGUCAAACUUUAAAUGCACACGAUUAUAUAUUUUGGUGUGGAGACUUUAAUUAUAGAAUUGAUAUGGAUAAAGAGGAAAUGAAAGAAUUAAUUAAGCAUAAUCAAAUACCUAAAUUACUAAUAUGCGACCAACUAAAGAAUCAACAGCAGCUUGGAAAUGUAUUUCAGAAUUUUUUGGAAGGAUCUAUAAAUUUUCUUCCUACUUAUAAAUAUGACCUGUUUUCUGAUGAUUAUGAUACUAGUGAGAAAUGUCGGCAACCUGCUUGGACUGAUAGAGUUUUAUGGAAACGUCAAAAAUUCGUAUAUGAUAAAGAUUUCAACGAGGAUUGGAAUUCUGGUAAAUUACUAUAUUAUUGUAGAAGCGAAUUAAAGCAAAGUGAUCAUAGACCAGUAAUAGCUACGAUCGAUAUUGAUGUUCACUGCGUAGAUACAAUUAAACGUGAUAUAAUUUUUGAAGAUGUUAAUAGACAAUUAGGUCCGCCUGAUGGAACAAUAAUUUUACGUGUUGAUGAAGAUUGCAUUGAUCUAGAAAGUAUCUUUGAAGAUAAUUUUAUGAAUCUUCUAGUGCAAGAAUUUUCUGAAUUAGGUGAAAUAAUACUUGUACGUUUAGUAGGUAAUACAAUAUGGAUUACAUUUCGAAAUAGCGAAAGUGCUUUAGCUGCAGCUAAAAAAAAAAUUGUAAAUGUCUGCGAUCAAAAAUUAGAAAUAAUACUAAAAUCGCCUAAUUGGAUAUCAAACGUCCAAAAAGAACUUGAUAUUCUUGAAAAUAUAGACAAUACAGAAAACCUUGCUAUUUUAAGUACAAUACCAAGAAAAUUUAAAUUAUGUCAUUCCGCUACAUCAACGUCUCCUAAAUCAAUUCCUCCUGCGAGACCACCACAACCCGUAAUAUCUAAAAAACAAAAUAUUUUUCGCCCAACAUUAUUACAAACUAAACAGUUGAAUAAACAACCUAUCGAAAUUAAAAAUGAGGAAAUCCCAGAGAUUGUUGCUAUUACUUCCGUUGAUAAUUCAAUCAAUAAUCCUGAAUCAAUUUCAAUAUAUACACAUUCUAAAUUAUCAAAUCAAGUCGUGACAGAUCCUCCACCUUUACCACUACGUGAUCAAACUUCAACACCUUCAAUUGCGUUAUCAGUACCACCAAUUAGUUUACCUCCUCCAAUACCGGUCAGAUCAUCAGGAAAACCACCAAUACCUGUACGAAAUAAUGAUUAUAAUAAAUCUUGUAUUUAAAAUAAACUAGCUAUGUAUAAUUUAGACUGUAAUGCAAUACGUUAAAUAAAAUGUAUUUACUUUAAUGCUGCAUUAGAGAAGAUUCACAGUAUUUAUUACUUAACUAUAAAAUCAAAUAAAUAUAAUAUAUCGAAAAA